AUGUCUCAACCACAAAAUGAUGAAAGAACCGCCAAGGAGAAGGGCAUUGAUGAUUGGCUUCCAAUCACUGGCUCACGAAAUGCAAAAUGGUACUAUUCGGCUUUUCACAAUGUCACCGCCAUGGUUGGAGCCGGUGUGCUGAGCCUUCCUUAUGCCAUGUCAGAACUUGGAUGGGGUCCUGGAAUCGUCAUACUUGUUCUGUCAUGGGUCAUCACCUUAUACACACUAUGGCAAAUGGUUGAGAUGCAUGAAAUGGUUCCAGGCAAGCGAUUUGAUAGGGGUCCUGGAAUCGUCAUACUUGUUCUGUCAUGGGUCAUCACCUUAUACACACUAUGGCAAAUGGUUGAGAUGCAUGAAAUGGUUCCAGGCAAGCGAUUUGAUAGGUACCAUGAACUAGGUCAGCAUGCUUUUGGUGAAAAGCUAGGCCUCUGGAUUGUUAUCCCACAACAGCUUGUGGUGGAGGUUGGCUCAUGCAUAGUCUACAUGGUCACCGGAGGGAAAUCAUUGAAGAAAUUCCAUGAAUCAGUUUGUCCAAGCUGCAAACCUAUCAAGACCACCUUCUUCAUUAUGAUUUUCGCUUCGGUUCAAUUUGUUCUUUCCCAUCUGCCCAACCUUAACUCCAUCUCUGGAGUCUCCCUGGCCGCAGCUGUCAUGUCCUUCACUUACUCAACUAUUGCUUGGGUAGCUUCACUUAAAAAGGGAAUUCAUCAAGAGGUGGACUACAACCCCAGAGAGAAAAACACAUCUGGAAAUGUUUUCAAUUUUUUCAGCGCCUUGGGCGAUGUAUCCUUCGCCUAUGCUGGUCACAAUGUGGUAUUGGAGAUCCAAGCAACAAUUCCCUCAACCCCUGAGAAACCUUCAAAGGGACCAAUGUGGCGAGGAGUGGUGGUUGCAUAUAUCAUUGUUGCUUUGUGCUACUUCCCAGUUGCAGUAAUUGGCUACUACAUAUUUGGGAAAGCUGUCGAUGACAACAUCCUGAUCACCUUAGAGAAACCCAACUGGCUUAUCGCAGCAGCCAACAUGUUUGUUGUAAUCCAUGUCAUUGGAGGCUAUCAGAUUUUCGCGAUGCCAGUUUUUGACAUGUUGGAAUCUUAUCUGGUAAAGAAGUUAAAAUUUCCACCUUCUACCACCCUGCGCUUUAGCACUCGCACAAUAUAUGUUGCAUUGACAAUGUUCAUUGGUAUGACCUUCCCUUUCUUUGGAGGGCUUCUUGGAUUCUUUGGUGGAUUUGCUUUCGCUCCUACCUCAUAUUAUCUUCCCUGCAUCAUCUGGCUUAUCGUGUACAACCCGAGGAGAUUCAGUCUAUCUUGGUGGACAAAUUGUAUCUGCAUAAUACUCGGUGUUGCAUUGAUGCUUUUAUCACCCAUUGGUGCACUGAGGACAAUAAUCCUUUCAGCAAAAACCUACCAUUUCUACUCGUGAUUAUCGUCUCUUUACGAGGAUCAUUCUGCUUGCUUGCAGUUCAACAUCAGCUGGUAAUGAUAAUGGUGACAGUGGUGAUUUUGAAUUUCCUAUUGAUAGGGUUGUCGUCGUUUAUUGAGUCUGUAACUUAGUUUGAUCUCAAAAAAUGGGGAUGUGGCUAUCAAGCAUAUGUACUCCCUAACUAGUCAUGGAUUCUUGUUAAGCCAGCCAGUGUAAUGUCUACUAUAGUUGUGUCUGUCCCAGGAUUCUUAUGAUCAGGUAGUGAAGUUUUGAUUAUCUGUAAAAUUUGCGAUAUUUGAACGCGAAUUAAUCUGCACAACAAUAGGAAUUGCUCUUGUAUAAGACUAAAAUGUGAG